AUGACCCUGGGCGUCGCCCCGCCUCUCGCUGGCAACGCCGGCAUCGCAGGCGCCCUCAAGGCCUGCCUCGACAUACUCUCAGAUGUCUCCUGCCUCAAGGCUCUGGAGAGCGAUUGGCCCCUUCUCCAGGCCAAGCUCGACAUCGAGAGAACCCUGCUCCUGCAGUGGGUCGAUAUGGUUAAGCUCCUUGAAGAGGACUACGACCACUACCUUGAUGAGCUUGACACCCAUCAUCAGAUCUUUGAGCUACUACACAACACCCAGGCUAUGCUCAUGGACAAGGCGCAGCUCAAGAGCCGCUUUAAUAUCAUGACCUAUGAACAAGAGGACUCGCUGCCUGAUGCGACCUAUCUCAACAGCUACUUCAUCCUCAGCAAGUCGCGCAUGGAGAAAUUCAACAGCGACUUUACCCGUCGGAAGCUUCGCGUGCUGCGACUUCCGGACAACUUACCGUCGACGACCAGGCUUUUACGGGUCGCCAGCGACCCUGUAGGUUUCGAAAAGUUCCUUGAGCACGUCAGACAGCUCGUCAAUGCCCUCAACAAACUCGGCUACAGACCCGACUUCCUCGAAUGCACGGCAGAGAUGGCGAAGAAGGACGUCAGGAAGUGCAAGACCAUGGAUGACUUGCGCAUGGUGCGCGACGCCUCCAAGGAAAUCAGAAUUACGAUUGCUCGCGAGGCCGAGGAGCUCAUUGUCUUUAUGGCGCGGAAAAGAGUCUUGAACAAUCUCUGGUUUGAUGGCAUGGACGAGAGGAAGAUGAAGCUGCAGGAUCCUCACCCUGGGACUUUUCAAUGGUCUCAUGCGCCACAACAGCCUGACGUCGGGUGGGAUAGUCUCGCCGAUUGGUUAGAGUCAGGAUCCGACAUCUACUGGGUCUGUGGGAAAGCUGGUGCAGGCAAGUCAACCUUUCUCAAGCACGUCUUCAACCAUCCCGAGACCAGGAGGCGUCUGGAUGCCUGGGGAGGUGAAGAGACCGUCUCUCUGGGAUCCUACUUCUUCUGGAAGAUGGGAAAGGUCCUUCAGAAAUGCCGAGAUGGUAUGGCCAGGGCAAUCCUCUAUCACAUCCUCGACGAGAUACCCAGCGCCAUCCCCGCUCUUGUGCCCACCCUGUGGCACUACGCCUACGAAGGAUGUCUCUUCGAAUCCCACGAGUCGCUUCCUCUUCCGUCCGUGGCGGACGUGAGAAUUGCCUUUGAGAAGAUGGCCGAGGACGGCGUUCUCGACAGACGUUUCUGCUUCAUCGUCGAUGCCUUGGACGAGUAUGCCGGCGACGCGGCCAGAGCAGUCGCCUUUGUCCAGAAGCUCAGCAAAUCGCCCAAGAUCAAGUUGAUCGUGUCGAGCAGGCCCAAUCCCGUCUUUGUCGAGUCCUUUGCCGACGCGCCAAAGCUCCAUCUUGAUCAGCUCACCGACGGGGACGUUCUGCAAUAUGUGCAGGACAAGACUGAUUCCCAUCGGUACAUGAGAACCCUGCGAGAUGUAGAUGAAACCAUGGCCCUGAUCCUCGUCGAGAGACUUGCUGAAAGGGCAUACGGUAUCUUUUUGUGGACUGUCCUUGCUACCAAGGUUUUUCUUCAGGGGUUCGACGCAUUUGAAGCCUUCUACGAGCUUGAGCAACGCAUUGAGGACAUACCAGAUGAUCUCGAGGACCUGUACGCGCACAUGCUCAAUCAGGUGGAUCUCCGCUACCGCGAGCAGGCAGCCAAGAUUCUCCGUAUCUGCUACAGAAGCAAGCAGUCGCGAAGCGCCGAGGCCGAGCAUGGACGGAUCUGGACCGUCGGCUUGGCCGCUGUCGACGGGAACGGCCUUGACUUUGAGAACUUUGAGCUUCAUUCGGAGAGAACCCUCCAGUCGCGUCACAGACAGUGCUUGGCCCUCGAGCACCGCCUUGCCAGCCGCUGUGGUGGACUCUUGGAGGUUAUUCGGGGUGAGGGGGAUGACUUGACCAAGUGUUUCUGCGGAACACCAGAGUCGCACCCUCACCAUGACAUCUUGAUUGACUCUUCGAUCGAGUUUGUUCAUCGAACUGUGUUUGAGUGGUUCAGUCGGCUUGAUUCAUGGGCCCUUUCAAGCUUGGAGCUUCAAGACCACAACUUCAACGCAGAUGCAGCUCUCGCCUCCAUGUCCUGGCAGCAAUGCCGAAUAGCUCAAGAACUCGGGGCUACAUUCGGCAGAGCAGAUACCGACAUGUCAAACUGCUUGCUCUACGUGGGACGAACAGACAUGUUCAGCCCCCAGUUCACCAACACCAUGCUCAUGAGGAUCCACGACCUCGUGGCCGAGACUCGUCGCAAGCGCGGCCAAAACUGGCACUUUAGCUUCUGCUGCAACGCCGACGGCGAAGUGACGGAGCGCCUCGAGACACUCUACUUUGCCGUCGGCAUGGGCAUGGUCAACUUUGUCAAGUACUACCUGGAGCAAAACCCCGACGGGGAGACCAUGGCCGAGCUGGAGGUCAAGCACUCGAUGAGGUGGUGGAAGGUCGCCUCGGAUCGCAACCUGAUCGCUCACUUUCUGGAGCCGUACUAUGAGACGAUUCAGCAACUUCCUCCUCAGGGGCCUAUGUUGCUGUAUCUGGCUACGUCUGGAUGUUACGUGCCGAGCGACGAGUUGAAGUAUUAUAUCAGGUCUGAGCCUCUGGGCGGGUUUGCCGCCUUGAAACUCGCUCAACAAAUCUUCUAG